AUGGGCCUCUUUCAGGGUGCGUCCCCGACGAGCCUCCUUCUGUCGUUCGAGCCGGCGGGCAUCGCCGCGGCAGGCAGGCAGGCAGAUUGCAGACAGGCACACCUGGCAUAUGUCCGACGUCUCGCAUCGCAUCGCAUCGUCACAUCAGCAAACAGAACGAACAGAAGUCAGGAGCUGGCGAGAACGCGAACGCGAACACGGAAACGAGCGAACGGACCUGGCGUGAACAGAGACAGGCUGAGCAACCGGAUGCGACGAGAACAACCGCAAACAGCGAACGGUGAGCAACUGCAGAAGACGGGCUGCGUGCCGUCCGUGGUGGUGCUUAUGCAGCAGCAGCAGCAGGAAGAAUUGUGCCCGACGGGGAAAAGAACCGGCACUUCCCGCGCGCCGCGCGUGUGUACAGUACGCUCGUCCCAGCGUCUCUUUCACACGCCAUUUUGGAUCAGCUGUAGUGGCGGGUGCCCCUUGGACGAACUCGCAGUCCGAGUCCAGGCCGCUGCAAAUGCAACGGUCGAGCUUCCUGCUGCAAGCUCUGGCAGCAGUGUCCCGAAUUUCUGA